UUUCCUUUUUCUACAGAAUAGGGAAUAGCUGUCAAAUUUUUGCUCUAGCAAAUUCUAAGUGAUAAGUGCAAGACAUGGCGCGUGGUCAGCAGAAAGUGCAAUCGCAACAGAAAGCCGCUGAAAAAUCGGCGAAAUUGAAGAAACAAAAAGGACACAGUGCAAACGAACAAAAAAAGGCAGCUCAGAAAGCUCUUGUUCGUUGUGCUAUAUGCAAGGCUCAAAUGCCAGAUCCGAAAACAUACAAGCAGCAUUUUGAAAACAAACACCCAAAAAAUGAUCUUCCUGAGAUCUGA